AUGGUCGGGGCAGUCGAAUAUUUAUGCACGCGCAUAAUGGCGUCGAAAAAGGCGAACCUGCUGGUGCUCAGCAAGGAUGACUACCAUCGCGUGAAAUCGUAUGGGCGAUUGGUUCAAGACUUGCCCAAGGCGGCAUUGUAUAAAACGGGGCACAUGUUUAGUAGUAACCUGACUCAUAUGGGAGUUUGUUCUGAAGCAGAGAUGGUCAUAUCAAGUCAUGAUAAUGGUUCUGUAGUAUUUUGGAAGCGGACAGAGGCAGAUAUUGAAUUCGUUAAGGUAGCUGCAGAACAUAGAAUGCCGGUAAAUAACAUGUGUGUCCAUGGUAUUAAUAUGAUUACAAUAGCGGAGAAGUCGAAUCGAAAGGUGCCUGAUCCUAUGUCUAACAUCAGGUCUAAUGCUCAGUCUGUACCCAAUGGGACAUUACCAGGAACAUCUGGUUGUAUUCUGAAAGUUUGGGACAUUUCGAAUUUGGAUUUGUUGUGCAGUAUAUCAUUACCAUUCCGAGUUACGGAAAAUGGAGGCGCUCUAUUAACCAGCGAUUAUAUAUACUUGGCCGAUCGCGAUGUAACCGGUCAGGUGCAUGCUAUUGAGGUAAAAUCGCUAAUGUUGAAUGGCAGCAAACACAAUGGUGUCUCCGAACCCAUCAACCAUACACAUGAUUUAUUAAAGACAAGACAUAGAUAUCCAAUUGUUAGUCUACUUGCCUUUGAUGGGUUUAUCGUAUCUGUUGAUGAGUAUGGUGGAAUAGAAUAUUGGUCCUUUGAUAACAACGGGAUUCGCUCAGUACAUAAGCCGGCUGUCUCUUUUGAAACCAAAUGCGAGACUGAUUUGUAUCACAUAAUGCAACAGAAGUUUACCAAAGUGAAAUACGCCAUUGCUAGUCCGGAUAGAAAAGCCUUUCUCAUCUGUACCGAUCGUAACAGUAUAGUCAGCUACAAUGUCAGAAAAGGCAAGAUCUACGAUGAAUUUAGACUACUCGAUAUCAAAUCCGAUAUCGGAUACCAGGGUCCAGUCUACACCAAAUCCCACGCUGAACCCGAUACUGAAGCAGCCGCUAAGCACAAUUCUGACUCCGGAGGUGGUGCUAUGAAAAAUAAUGGGGGUGCUACUACUAACGGUGCUACUACUAACGGUGCUACUACUAACAGUGCUACUACUAACGGUGGUGACGGUGUCAAUAGCGGCGAUAGCCGUGCUGACGGUAUCAGUGCUGCCAGUGCUACCGUCGACUUGAAACUGAUUUGUACCUUUGACGACACUGGUGAUGUAAUAUUCGUCUAUUGCCCUUCCCUCAUCGGAACCAGUGGAGCAGGAGGGAGAGAACCGGCAGAGCCAUCAGGAGGGAGAGAGGCGCCGGGAGGGGAGCUCUUAGCGCGCUUGUUUAAAAUCCGGCAGACUUUGAAUCAGGUGAAAAUCGGGAGACUAGAGGAGAGUGUGGGAGAUGUGGAGGCUCUGGCCUUCUUUACCAAGUCCAGAGAGCAACGGCUCACGGGAAUUACUUCGGCGAUCAAACCAUGGACGGCGAUUUCCAUUGAGCCCCUCUUAUUGGUGGGUAAGCGGAACAAGGUUUGCGUUUACGGGAAUACUGACGGUAAGGACGGCCGCGAUGUGGCAGAGCCGAUGCUGGUAGCCAGUUCUCGGGGGCAGCAGAAUGUGGAGAAUUCAAAAGUGAAACCAUUGGAUAUUGAGACACUAACACGGGACCCGACUAAGGCUGUUAUCUAUACUACUGCGGGCGACAUCCAUUUAGCCCUUGAGCCUGUUCGUUGUCCAAAAACGGUCGAAAACUUUGCCGUCUUGGGACAGCGCAAAUAUUAUGAUGGAACCGUCUUCCAUCGAGUUAUUCUUGACUUCAUGAUCCAAGGAGGGGACCCAGAGGGUGACGGUACGGGUGGAGAAUCCAUAUGGGGGCCGGGCGGACUACCGGAUGAGUUCCACGAUGAAUUAAAACAUGAGCCCUACGUUGUUUCCAUGGCCAACGCUGGACCCAAUACAGCCGGGUCUCAGUUCUUUAUUACCACCGUUGCGUGCCCCUUCCUGGAUAAUAAACACACUGUUUUCGGCAAGGUUACAAAAGGCGAAGGUAUUGUCAAAGACAUUGAGCGAUCGAGGACAAAUGUUCACGACAAACCUCUUAAAGAUAUAAGAAUCAUCACCAUCAAAGUUUCGCGAUAG